GUGCUGCUGACGGAGCUGGUUCGUCCCGGCUCGGCUCGUGGCGGGCCGGCCCCUCUCCGUCGGUACUCUGUCAGUCAUUGGCUCCCUGCGGUUUCCUUGGGGACGUGGCGCCGCCGCCGGCCCGGGCUCUCCUUCCGGCUGGGCUAGGGGCCGCGGGGAGCAGCUCGGGACUGAGCCGAGCGGUGUCGAAGGAACCGGCGAGCCGGUUGAUCCCGCUGCAGACGUAGGAGAUGCCUGGAACAAGGAGGCCACCUUCUCAGGGCAAAAGAAAAAGGUGACAGGCGUUGAGACCACUGAAGGGAACCCAUGGCUAGGAUCAGUUUUUCCUACCUCUGCCCAGCCUCCUGGUACUUCACUGUGCCCACAGUGAGUCCAUUUCUCCGUCAGCGGGUGGCAUUCCUGGGACUCUUCUUCAUAUCCUGUCUCCUUUUACUUAUGUUAAUCAUAGACUUUCGACAUUGGAGUGCUUCAUUACCACGAGAUAGACAAUACGAAAGGUAUUUAGCUCGAGUAGGGGAGCUUGAAGCUACUGACACUGAAGACCCAAAUCUGAAUUAUGGACUCGUUGUUGACUGUGGCAGCAGUGGUUCCCGGAUUUUUGUUUAUUUCUGGCCACGACAUAAUGGGAACCCCCAUGACUUGCUGGACAUCAAACAGAUGAGAGACCGCAACAGCCAACCAGUUGUUAAAAAAAUCAAGCCAGGAAUCUCUGCAAUGGCAGACACUCCAGAACAUGCCAGUGAUUACCUUCGUCCUCUGCUGAGCUUUGCUGCUGCUCAUGUGCCUGUGAAGAAGCACAAGGAGACCCCCCUUUACAUCCUCUGCACAGCAGGCAUGAGGCUUCUACCUGAAAGAAAGCAGUUGGCUAUCUUGGCUGACCUAGUGAAAGAUUUACCACUGGAGUUUGACUUCCUCUUUUCACAGUCUCAGGCAGAAGUGAUCUCUGGGAAGCAGGAAGGGGUUUAUGCAUGGAUUGGAAUCAACUUUGUUUUGGGAAGAUUCGACCAUGAGGAUGAAUCAGAUGCUGAGGCUACCCAGGAAUUGGCAGCAGGACGGAGAAGGACAGUAGGGAUAUUGGAUAUGGGAGGAGCCUCUCUCCAAAUUGCUUAUGAAGUUCCUACCUCAACCUCUGCCCUUCCUGCAAAUCAGGAAGAAGCUGCCAAGAUCCUGCUGGCUGAGUUCAACCUGGGCUGUGAUGUGCAGCACACUGAACACGUGUACAGGGUUUACGUCACAACUUUUUUGGGUUUCGGAGGCAACUUUGCCCGGCAGCGAUAUGAAGAUCUUGUUCUGAAUGAAACUCUUAACAAAAACAGAUUGCUGGGUCAAAAGACAGGUCUGAGCCCCGACAAUCCAUUUCUGGAUCCCUGCCUGCCUGUGGGACUCACAGAUGUGGUGGAGAGGAACAGCCAAGUGUUGCAUGUCCGAGGAAGAGGAGACUGGGAGUCUUGUGGGGCAAUGCUGAGCCCCCUGCUGGCUCGCUCCAACGCCAGCCAGGCCUCACUCAAUGGCAUCUAUCAAUCACCAAUUGACUUCAACAACAGCGAGUUCUAUGGCUUCUCUGAGUUUUUUUACUGUACAGAGGAUGUGUUGCGCAUUGGUGGCCGCUACCAUGGGCCAACAUUUGCCAAAGCUGCUCAGGAUUACUGUGGCAUGGCUUGGUCGGUACUCACUCAGAGAUUCAAGAAUGGCCUCUUUUCAUCACAUGCAGAUGAGCAUCGACUCAAAUAUCAGUGUUUUAAAUCAGCUUGGAUGUAUCAAGUCUUACAUGAAGGAUUCCACUUUCCCUAUGACUACGCAAACCUGCGGACAGCCCAGCUGGUGUAUGACCGAGAGGUUCAGUGGACGCUGGGAGCCAUUCUGUAUAAAACACGAUUCUUACCACUCAGGGAUCUUCGGCAGGAAGGUGUCCGACAAGCCCAUGGUAGCUGGUUCCGUCUCUCAUUUGUAUACAACCACUAUCUCUUCUUUGCCUGUAUCCUGGUGGUGCUACUGGCUAUCAUCCUAUACCUUCUACGGCUACGCCGAAUUCACCACCGACAAACGCGAACCUCAGCUCCAUUGGACUUGCUGUGGCUUGAAGAGGUGGUGCCCAUGAUGGGAGUACAGGUGGGGCCGUGAGGCCAGGCCAGGACCAGAGAAGCUUGAGCACCCCCAAGUUGCUGCUCAUUGAAUUCCUCUACUUUCUUGUUGGGCCUCAGAUGCUGUGAUGCCUGACCUUUUGGGUAUCUGCCCUUGGAAUUUCUACUUUACUUUCUACCAUGAUUCCUUCUAAGUACCCAGGUCUUCUCUGAGAGAAGCUAUAAUUUAAUCUGUGAGGAACUAAAUGACAGGAAAUUGGUGCUAAUACAGGGGACCAAGCUUUGUCCAAUUGAAGCAGGCUUCGACUCCUUCUUCUGAAAGGUCUGGUAUGUUCCUGGGAUCUCAUCUUUUCUUCCCUUGCUGAAGCAUGAAGUUUGGCAUUGGACACACUGGAAGCCUGGUUGAAAUAAAACUCGUAGCAUCUGACUGAUACAAAGCCAGAGACAUUCUAGAAAGUGCAGCAGCACCUUCUUUCUCUGUAACAGAGAUAUAUCAUUUAUGUGGAGAUCCACAGCCUUUAAUAAGGAUCCAAGAUCUUUGCAGUUCAAUGGACCACAUAGGAAUUUCCAGGCACCAAAAUGAUAUAACUUCCUUGCUUACUUUGACAAAGAAGCCAUCAUAGGUGAUCCAAGAUCCCUGUCAUAGUAUUGAUGUUAGUACAUGAUUUUAAAGGUUAGAACCCCUUGUAAAUUAAUGAUCUGUGGAAGAUUUUAGUAUCUUAUCUGAUGCCUGGUAUGACCAGGAUAGAACAUUUUUCCAUGUCUAUGUGCCUCACAGGCUGUCUGGGCAUUAAUUUUGCUUUUUGAGCCUUAAGUGUGUUAGUAGGAUGGAAAAGCUAUAAUGGGGACUGGGAACCUGGAUUUGUCUGAUUUUAGGUUACUGCCUCCUAGGCCUGUUUUUGUGAGACUUUAGACAGGAAGAUUCAAAGACAGUUUUUUCAUUUCACUGCAAGAUUAAUAUGUAGUUUGGGGAAUGUAUUUGAGUUGUUUUUAAAAGAGAAGAACAGAAUCAGGAGAGUGGGCAAAGGCAAUAAAAUCAAAGUUCUUAUUGUUUUAAGAAAUGGAAGUUUUCUCAAUUUCUGACUCUUGGAAUGUCAGAAAAGGAGCAAAUUCUAAACUUUGGAAUAGAUCGAUCUGUUCAUAAGCCACCUGGCAAGUUUCAGAACCUCUAUUAAGAGACUGCUCGGUCAUAAGCAGCACUUCCAUUAAUGAAGUGAGAGGAAAAGCCAUAAUAAUUACAUUUUCACCCACUAUCCUUCAGGAGCUUCGCUUCUCCUCUACAUUUAGCCAUUAAUUGUGUAAGGAUUUCUCUCCAUCAGCUCUGUAUGGUGUCUGUCUUAUACUUUACCCUUUCCUACAUGCAGCCUUGAAUGUCCUGUCCACGAAUUUGCUCUCAGAGCUAGGAACAUUUUCUUUUCUUUUUGUCACCUUUGAUUUCUGAGAUUAGAUUAAUAGGGGAAAAAGUCCCUGGCUUUAAAGAAAAAAAAAGUAGAACUCUUCAAAAAUAAAUUUUAUACUGGGAACAAGAAAGGAAUCAAAUGCUUUAUAAAACAGAAAAAGAAAUUAAGAUCUUCCUAGAAAUAAACUAAGAUAAAA